UUUUCAAAAAUCCUCAACAAGACCCAGAAGAGGAGAGGAGACACAACCGAGGACACAAAGGCAGAGCAGGACCCUAAACCUCUGAGACUACAACCUGUGCUGCUGCAGUCUGAACCUGGAACACAAACACCUUUAUUACCCUGCAGAGAGACCAGAGUCCACCAGGACCAGGACCAGGACCAGGAGGGUCAGUCUGAGAGGGAAAAACGACCAACCCGCGGGAGACAUGAUCAGGAGUGAAAGUUUAUUUUAACCCUCUUUAACCUCCAAGUCUCAGCUGGACCAGGACACAGUUUGAUCCGGAUCAGAGACUUUGGGCAGGCUGCUGUCCUGUGGGAUGGAUGACGCCCAAGAGCGCCUGAAGGACGUCUUUAACAGCUUCGACGCCAGCGGCUCGGGCUCGCUGUGCCCAGAGGAACUCUCUGACCUGUGUCUGUCCCUGCACCUGGACCAUGCCGCUCUGUUUCAGACUCUGCUGCAGGACCAGGACCGCCUCACUGCCCGGGUCGACUUCGAUCAGUUCAAGAACGCGCUGAUUCAGGUUUUUUCGUCAAACGCCGAUCCUCCACCAGAAGAGGCGGAGUCCUCGUCAAAGCCGGAUUCUCCUGUGAUCCAACCAAAGUUCGUGAAAGGCAGUAAGCGCUAUGGCCGCCGCACCACGCCAGAGAUCAUCGAGCCUUUUCCGGGCUCGUCUGAAGCGAGGAGCGCACACGGGGUCGAGGAGGAGGAGGAGGAGGACCCCGAGGACGGCGAUGACUCCGUCGUCCCGAGGAAGCGUGAGCGCUGGAUCACUCACGAGACGAGCACAGAGGAGUACGAGGCUGAAGGCCAGCUGCACCUCUGGAACCCUGACGAGCCGAGCACGCCUCGAGGAGCCGGCGCCUCUCUGCCCGGCUGCUUCGAGGAGAGACUGAGAGAAGCCUGCGAGGAGCUGGAGAUCUCCUGGGACGGAUGUGCCGAUCAGUCUGAGCUGCUGACGCUGUGUGAACGCCUCGGCCUGGAGAUUCACCUGGAGGUUCUGCAGAGUCUGAUCGGAGACGGAGGGAUGAACGUUCAGGAGUUUGUUUCCUGGGCGGUGCACCACAACAAACCGCCGACGCCGUCCGCCUCCACGCCGUACAGACAGCUGAAACGACAUCACUCCACUCAGCCGUUCGAUGAAGGCGGUCGAAGGAUAGCCACUCCCUCCGCCCUGAGCAGCACCAUCGGCACGCGUCUGUUCUCCACGCUGGACGACGGCUCCGGGUUCACGCCGGUGGAGUUCAUCCUGGACGCCUGGAUGGACGAGGGGAUCGAGAACAGCACUGAGAUCCUGCAGGCUCUGAAUUUCAGCCUGGAUGGAAAGCUGAGUCUGAGCGACCUCACCAUGGCGCUGGAGAACGAGCUCCUCGUCACCAAGAACGGGAUUCACCAAGCGGCGCUGGCGAGCUUCAAAGCGGAGAUCCGACACCUCCUAGAGUGCGUCGACAGAGAGCUCAGGGAGAAAGAGAAGAUCCGGUCCGACCUGGAGAAAGUGGAGAAACAGAAGACUCAGCUGGCCGCCGAGGUGGACGAGCACCACUCUGCCAUCGAGCACACCAACAACCUCAAUCUCAGGAAGCUCGAGCAGGACCACAAAGAGAAGCUCGCUGCCGUCCGGUCCGAGCUGACGAAGGAGAUGGAUCAGAUCCAGCAGCAGGCCGGCCUGCAGCGCGAGGAGCUGGAGGCGGAGGUGGAGAAGAUCAGAGAGGAUGAGUCUUUCCUCAGAGACCACCUCUCCAUCUCUGUCAAGGAGAACAGACGUCUGGAGAUGGAGCUGCUGGACGGCACCGAGAAACUGGAGGAGGCACAAACCCAGAUCAGCAAACUGCAGACCAGCUUAGACAACAUCAUCAAAGAGAGGUUUGGGGACCUGGACCCCGGCAGUGCAGACCUCUUCCUGCAGGAGGAGCGCAUCAAACAGCUCCGCAGCAGCUACGAGGCUCAGUGCAGGGAGCUGCAGGAUCGCAUCGACGAGCUGCAGUCUGAGCUGCAGGAGUUUCACGGUCUGGGGCGAGUUCUUCAGCCGUGCCACAAAACUCUCUCUGAGGAGCUGGAGAGCAAGAGCCCGGGCAUGGAGUCUGAUCCAGGUAUCGGCUCGGACGACGUUCAGCCGUUCAGCAUGAGCCUGGAGGCGGAGAUGAUGCUGGAGCAGCUGAAGGAGCAGCACCUUCAGGAGAUGGAGGACUUGAGGAACCAGCUGGAGACAAAGAUCAACGAGUUUGAUAAGAUGGUUGUAAAGCAGAAAGCCUCCAACGAGGACCAGAGAGCUGCCUUCGUGCUCCAGCACCAGCAGGAGGUCCAGGCUCUGAGGGAGGAGAUGGUUACCCUUCAGAUCCAAGCACAGGACCUCCAGAACCAGCUGGAGCAGGCGGACCAGGAGCGAUCCAGCCUGGAGCAGACUCAGGCGGAGGAGAGGGAAGACCUCCUGAGUCUGCGGGAGAAGGAGGCGGAGUCUCUCAGGGAGCAGCUGCAGGAGGCCCAAGCCUCCACGGCGGAGCUGGAGGAGCAGCUGAGGAACCUGAAGGCUCAGCAGGCGGAGAGCGACGAGAGCUUCAACAGGGACACGGAGGAGCUGAGGAAACAGCACGCCGUGGAGAUGAGGAGACUGGAGGAGGAGCAUGUGGAGCUCUCUGAGGGUCAGCUGGAGGAGGAGAGGAGGAAACUGGAGGAGGAGAAGGCAGAGUUAGAGAAGAGGCUGUUGGAGAGUUAUGAGAAGGAGAAGGAGGUGUUACAGCAAAGCCACGAGGAGGAACUGGGGGCCAGAUUAGAGGAGGUGAAGGUGAGGUUCGAGGGGGAGCGUGACGAGGUGGUGCAGAGACUGACGGAGAAGUGGCAGAAAGAGAGAGCUCAGCUGGACGAGCAGAACAACGAGGCUCUGCAGGUCCUGCUGGAAGAGGAGAUGCUGAGACUCGUCAAGGAGCAAGAGGAGAAGGAGGGCGCGCUCAGGGAGUACUGGGAGCGAGAACGUGCCCAGCUCCUGGAGCGCCACGAGGAGGCCCUGCUGCACGAGCAAAGCCAGGUCCAGGAGCAGUUUGAGCGGAGGGAGAAGCAGCUGAAGAAGGAGUGGGAGAGGGAGAGGCUGCAGCUGGUGGAGGACUACGAGGGGAUGCUGCAGGAGAGGCUGAACGAGGAGAAGGAGAAGCUGGAGAGCGAGAAGGAGGAGGAGGAGAAGAGGUUUGAGUUUGUGAUGGAGGAGGAGAGGACACGUUUAGAGGAGAACCACCGAGAGGCGGUGAAGGAGCUGACGGGGAAACACACGGAGGAGAGGGACGCUCUGAGCGGCAUGCUGGAGAAACUACGAGAGGACAUCGUCCAGGAGAGAUCUGAGACCAGCCGGCUCACCGAGGAGAACCUGGUCCUCCGGCAGAAGAUCGCCGUGCUGAAGGAGGAGGACAUCAAAGAAGCUCAGGAGGAGUUGAUACAAAAACUGGAGCAGCUGAAGAAGGGAAAGAUGGCCGCUCAGAGGGCGGCGGAGAGCUUUAAGAAACAGAUCACAGAGCUGCGUCUGCAGAGCCAGCAGCUGGAGGACGAGAACGGGCUGCUGUCUGAGAAGAACGCCCAAAACAUCGUGGACAUCGAGAACCUCCGUCAGCAGCUGUCGGAGCUGAUGGAGGACGAGGAGAGGAGGGAGGCGUUCCCGGCUGAGGAGAAGAACAAGCUGGCGGCGUGUGUGUCUGCUCUGGAGACAGAGCUCACCACAGCUCUGGAGGACGCUGCUCGGCUGGAGGAGAGGAACAGCCAUCUGUCAGAGCAGCUCUGUAACCUCAGGGAGAAGAACCACGUGUUGGAGAUGGCCCUGCACUCCAGUGGUCUCCAGAAGCAGAGCAAGAAGCUUCUCAGAGAUGAGAUGUCUCGCAUCAUGGAGCAAGAUCAGCUGCUUCUGAGUCAGGAGAACGACCGACUCCAGGCCGAAGUCCACGAUGUGAAAGGAGACCUGCUGCAGUCCAGAGAGAAGAUCCGUCAGCUGGACGCCACCAUCCUGUCCCUGAAGCAGCACAAGCAGCAGACUCAGUCCUCCGUCCUGGUGAAGGCUCUGGAGCAGGAGAACGCCGCCCUGAAGGAGGAGCUGGAGGCUCAGCGGGACCUCAACAAGGGCUGCGAGGCGGGGCAGGGACGGGCUGAGAUGGAGAGCCUCCAGCAGGAGAAUGAGGCGCUCAAGGCUCAGAUGGCUCGGCUGUCCACGCAGCUGAUGGAGAACUUCCAGGCUCACCUGGUCGGACUCCUGCCUCCGUCUCCUCACAGGAUGCCCCGAGGUCAGCACCGUGCUGAAGACCAGGACAACAUGCAGGAUGAGAGGGAGAGGAAGAUGAAGAUCAUGGAGGAGCGUAUGAGGGAGAUUGAGCUGUCGCUGCACAACGUCAAACUGCUGCUGAAAGAGAAGGUGGCUCAGCUCAAAGACCAGCUCCACAAGAACGGCAAAGCGGACGUGUUGAUCAACGAUCUGUACGUGGAGAACUCUCAGCUCCUGAAAGCUCUGGAGAUCACAGAGAAGCGUCAGAAGAUCGCAGAGAAGAAGAACUACCUGCUGGAGGAGAAGAUCUCCAGCCUGAACCGGAUCGUGAGAGACCUCAACCCCUCACUGCCCUACUUCUAACUUAUAAAGACGCCAAAAUAUCAGCUUUAAACGUCAUUUACUACACCUCUUUUUUUAUUCUGCCUCUCUUUUUAAAGGCUUUAAUCAAACCGUGAUAACAUGCAGUAUUCUCAUCCACUCCUUUUUUACUGAGCACUAUCUUGGACCUACAAAGACCUGAAUGUGAGGUUUAAACUGCUAAGACAACUUGCCUUUUUACAUUAAUUUAUACUUUUAUAAUUAUGUUUUUUAAAGCUGUAACUAUUUAAUAUGUUAGCAUGGUGAUAUGUUCCCCUUUGGAAGGAGGAAAGCAAUACUGAAGUGCACUUUUUAUAUAAGUGUUCCUUUGUCCGUGUCGUCAAAGAGAUUAACCGUGUUAAUCUCCCUCGUCUUGGCCUGAACGUUCACAAACCUGCUGUCAGGUGUGAGAUCAUGUAAACAGAAAAGUGACCUUCUCAGAGUGUUUGCUCUUUACUGUAACACUACCUAAAGUUAUGUUAACUUUGAAUUCAUAUGUGUGAUUUGAAAUGCAUCUGAUGAACUCCUGUAACCUGUCCCAGUGUGAAGAGAUGUUGUUAUGGAUGUUUUUCAAAUGAAGGACCGUGUCUUUGUGUCCGCUGCAGAACGAGCACCAAGAGGCCGAACAGGGUAACGUUUGUGUUUCAGGUAUUAAUAAAGAACAUGAACUGUG